UCUAUAUAUAUAGACAUGCUUUCACAAUAGUUGUGAAAAGAAUAUAAGAUAAAGAAGUUGAUAGCAUUCCAAUUGUUUUCUUCAUUUUCUCCAUUAAUCUUUCAUCUUGAAAACAUGAACCCGAAUUUGAAGCUCUUCUUCUGUCUGCUUUUCACUCUCUGCUCAGUGAAUCAAUGCAGAAAUGUUGCAGAAGCGCAAAAGGCUGAUCUUAUAACCUCAGCUUGUGAUAGUACUUUGUACAAGGAUCUGUGCAAACAAACCCUUCAAUCUGACAAGGAGAGCAGUAAGGCUACUGAUAUUGGCGUGCUAGCCAAAGUUGCACUGCAGCAUGCAUUAUCCCAGGCUAAGCAAAUUCAGGGCCAACUCUCCAAACAGAAUGAUAAAUCCGUUGCCUUUAAAGAUUGCAAUGAGAACUACAAUGGUGCAAGUGAGCGACUAAAGGAAUCCGUCACGUCCUUUCAGUCUAAAAAGUAUGGUGAUGUAUUAACAUGGGUAUCUGCUGCAAUGAGCAAUUCUGAUUCAUGUGAGAAUGGUUUGAAGGAAAUGGGCAAAGCCUCUCCCAUACUUAGUUUGAGCACGACAUUCAGCCAGCUCUGCAGCAUUGUCUUGGCGCUUACCAAUAAACUGGCAGGGCACUAAUCUUUUAGCUGCUCUCAUUAUAUAAUAUCAAUCUCUUUGAGAGACUGAUCAUUAUCUCAUUAAGCUCUAAGCUUUGCCCCAAUAAAAAUUCUGGUCAUAAUUUAUCUGUAUACAAGUCGUAUUAUUAAUAACUGGUCAUAAUUUAUGUUAACAAACAACUCAUUUAAUAAAUGAAUCGAGCAAAAUCAAGUUUUGCAAGUCGAUCUCGAACUUCCUUUACGUUCUUCGAUCAUACUUUUGUUUAAGGUAGAGAGAGAAGAGCUAAAAUGUCUGUUGCAAUUGAAAAGCCCCAAUCGGUGGUAAAUUGAAAUUUGGUUGCAAGUUC